GGGGCUCCCGGGCCCAUGGCGGGAGGGCUCCGGGGAGGCGGCGGAGCCGCGAAGGGUGCCCUCGCCGGGCUGCGGGAGAGGGCUGUGAGGAGGGUGCGGGGGCUGGGGAUGGCGGGGCGGAUCGGCAAGUAGAGGUUUGAGCUGUGUGGAGGAUCUUUAGAGUCUGGCCUUGUAAAGCACCCAAAUCAGACGAGGUGACUUCCUACUCCACUAGCGAUGUGGGUCCUUCUCCGAGGUGGGUGCCCCCUCCGCUUCUUGCUGCCCCUGCGCGGCGAGUGGAUGGGCCGCAGGGGUCUGCCUCGAAGCUUAGCCCCAGGCCCUCCUCGAAGACGGUACCGGAAGGAGGUUCUCCCGGCCUUGGAGGUGUCGGUGUUGCCUGUAACUACAACCGAAAUUCGCCAGUAUUUGCGGACACGUGGGAUCCCCUUCCAGGAUGGCCACAGCUGCCUUCGCGUCCCGAGCCCCUUUGUGGAGUCCUCACAGGUCAAGGAUCCAACUGGAGCUACCUCUUCCUUCAGCCUGUUCAUCGACAAGACCACAGGCCACUUUCUUUGCAUGACCAGCCUGGCGGAGGGGAGUUGGGAAGACUUUCAGGCCAGUGUGGAGGGGCGAGGGGAUGGAGUGAAAGAGGGGGUCCUGCUUAGCGAGCCAUCCGAAACUGCCAACAGUGAGGAGGUCCGGAGGAUUUGGAACCGAGCAAUACCUCUCUGGGAGCUGCCUGAUGCACAGGAGGCCCAACUGGCGCGAGUGAUGUUCAGCAUUACCAGAGUGACAGAUGACACUCUGAAGCGUUUCAGCGUACAGUAUCUGCGGCCUGCUCGCAGCCUGGUCUUCCCUUGGUUCUCCUCUCAGGGCUUAGGAUUGCGAGGCCUGAAGCUGUUAGGAGCUGAGGGUCAGGGGGAUGGAGUGCACUACACGGAGACCACCAUUCCCCGCCUGGGUGCCUACCACAACCUAUUCGGAUUAUCACUGAUCAGCCGGCGCGAUGUUGAGGUGGUCUUGACCAGUCGUGAGCUGGACAGUCUGGCCCUGAGCCAGGCCACAGGGCUUCCCACGCUUGCCCUGCCCCGGGGAACGCUAUCCUUACCCCCUGCCUUGCUCCCAUACCUUGAACAGUUCCGCCGUGUUAUAUUAUGGCUAGGUGAUGACCUUCGUUCUUGGGAAGCUGCCAAGUUGUUUGCCCGAAAACUGAAUCCAAAACGAUGCUUCUUGGUGCGCCCUGGAGACCAUCAACCCUGUCCCCUGGAGGCCUUGAACCGAGGCUUAAAUCUGUCUCGUAUUCUGCGUACUGCCCUGCCUGCCUGGCACAAGUCAAUUGUGUCUUUUCGGCAGCUUCGGGAGGAGGUACUAGGAGAACUGUCAAACGUAGAGCAAGCUGCUGGUAUCCGCUGGAGCCGCUUCCCAGACCUCAAUCGUCUUUUGAAGGGGCACCGGAAAGGCGAGCUGACAGUCUUUACAGGGCCCACAGGCAGUGGGAAGACAACAUUUAUCAGCGAGUAUGCCCUGGAUUUGUGUACCCAGGGGGUGAACACGCUGUGGGGGAGCUUUGAGAUCAGCAAUGUGAGACUGGCCCGGGUCAUGCUGACCCAGUUUGCUGUGGGAAGGCUAGAGGAGCAACUAGACAAAUAUGACGAGUGGGCUGACCGCUUUGAGGACCUGCCCCUCUAUUUCAUGACCUUCCACGGGCAGCAGAGCAUCAGGUCUGUGAUAGACACAAUGCAACAUGCUGUGUACGUCUACGAUGUUUGUCAUGUGGUCAUUGACAACUUGCAGUUCAUGAUGGGUCAUGAGCAGCUGCCCACAGACAGGAUUGCAGCUCAAGACUACAUUGUUGGGGCCUUUCGGAAGUUUGCAACAGACAAUAACUGUCAUGUGACACUGGUCAUUCACCCCCGGAAGGAGGACGAUGACAAGGAACUGCAGACAGCAUCCAUUUUUGGCUCAGCUAAAGCAAGCCAAGAAGCAGACAACGUCCUGAUCCUGCAGGACAGGAAAUUGGUAACUGGGCCAGGGAAACGGUAUCUGCAGGUGUCCAAGAACCGGUUUGAUGGAGAUGUGGGUGUCUUCCCACUUGAGUUCAAUAAGAACUCCCUCACCUUCUCCACCCCACCAAAGAGCAAGACCCGGCUCAAGAAGAUCAAGGAUGACAGUGGACUAGUGGUCAAAAAGCCCUCUUCUGGCAAAAAAGGGGCUGUGCCCCAGAACUCUGAGGCCUGCUCAGGCUGUGACCCCAUCCCGUGCCAGUCAAGCAGCUCUAAGCCCACAGAGUAAAGGCAGUCCUGAUCACUGAAAUGCACUUCAUGGGAGAGUGGAGCAUGGACCCUCUGCUAAGACAUCUGUGUUGUCAUGCUAAACUGGCUCCUCAGUCUGUGGCAGGCUGCAUAGAAAAAUCAGCUUAGCGGCUAUUUGAGUACUUAGGAUGUGACAGGCUUUGUUCAAGGUCCUGUGUAUGCAGUACUGAAGAGAUAUAUAAGGUCUCUGUUUUCAUAGGAUCCGCAUUGUGGUAGAAGAGCCAAGCAGUGAAAGGAUAAACAGAAAACAGUGUAAAAGGUAUAAGCAAAAUAGCAAUGUGACAGAACAUUCAUGGGCUACUUUAGACUAAAAGGAUGUCUGAGCAGAGGGGAUGGGUCGGGCCUCAGGCGCUGGAAGGGGAAGGUCAAGGUCGUGUGGGUGUCUGAAGUAGGAAAGGCCCACACCCUGGCCUGGGAGGCAGUGAACUGGACCUGGACCUGGAGUGGAACAAACUGACUUCUGGCUCUGACUCCAGCCUUUAGGCUUCUUUACCCAAAGGGUGAUGUGGAUAUUGAGCACCUCUGCAGCCCACUGCAGAGCCAAGGCAUAAAGUGGCACCUGCUAGAACCUGACCCUGAGUGCUGCACCCUGCAACCUCAGGCCUCAGGUGGAAGCAGCCUCCUAGUGGAUGCUCAGCUACAGAGCCAUAGCAAGGGCUACAGCCCUGUCCCUGGACACUGGUUCCAUUGUGUGCUGCCUCAGGGAGCCAGAGGUAGGGUUUCUUUAGAGACUUCCAGUUUUCAUGAAAAAUAUUUUUU